AUGGAGCCUAGUCAGGCCAACUUCUGCCAUCCAUAUCAGCCUUAUGAUAUUCAGCUGGAGUUCAUGUCACAUCUGUAUCGCUGUAUACAGGAAAAGAAGGUGGGCAUCUUCGAGUCCCCAACAGGCACAGGCAAGUCUUUGAGUCUGAUAUGCGGUGCCUUGACUUGGCUUCGAGACCAUGAGCGCCAUGCUCUGGACAGUACACUGAAUGCUGAGAGCGGAGGUGAUCAAGAUGACUGGUUGGUGCGCGCUGAAACGGCUGUCCGGCGACGUGAAAUGCUCCUUGCUCGAGAAGAGCUCGAGCACAAACUUGCCACUCUUCGGGAAGAAGAGGCCCGCCAGAAACAGAAAACAUUCGACAGCAGAUUCUCCAAAAAGCCGCGAAUCGUUGAGUCAAGCGCGUCAGAACAUCUCUUGAAUGAUGACGAGUUCUUGGUCGACGACUAUAACAGCGAGGCUGAAGAAAAGGCCACGGUUCAAAGCACGAGCACCGGUUUCUCCAGUUCUACUCAGUCACUGCUUGACAAAUUGCAAAAACCAACAAAAGAGAACAUGGAACAGCCAGAAGAAGACCGGCUCAAAGUCAUCUUUUGCUCCCGCACCCACUCGCAGCUCACCCAAUUCGUGAACGAGCUGCGACGCGUGAAGCCUCCUCCGUCGGUUCCCACGGCUGUUGAAGAUUUCACACCGGGUUCCGAAUUUGAAGAGGGUAUCAAGCACCUUGCCUUAGGUUCGAGGAAGAAUUUGUGUAUCAAUCCUAAGGUUGCACGCCUGUCGUCCCCCACAGCAAUCAAUGAACGCUGCCUUGAGCUUCAAAAACCGGGGACCGCCAAAGACAAGAAAUGUCCAUAUCUCCCAUCCAAGGAUGACAGAGAGAAGGUCGAUUCAUUUCGAGACAAGGCCAUUGCACAAAUCAGAGACAUCGAAGAUCUGGCUCAUCUCGGUAAGAGGAUGGACCUUUGUCCCUACUAUGCUUCCCGCAGCGCUAUCGCUUCCGCUGAAAUUCUCACUCUGCCCUACCCACUCCUUCUGCAGAGGUCAGCCCGAGAUGCCCUGGGCGUCUCAGUCAAGGACAACGUCGUCGUGAUCGAUGAGGCACAUAAUUUGACAGAUGCUAUCGCGGACACGUUUUCCAUAGCUUUGCGACUCAGUCAACUGGAGCAAGCUCUACAACAGGUUACUGCAUACGCAAUGCGGUUCAAAAAUCGCUUGAAAGGCAAGAACCGUGUCUAUGUAACUCAAGUUCUGCGUUUACUCCGUUCGCUUGCGGAUUGCUUGCGAGGUGUGGCACAAAAGUCCUCCUCGGGUCAGGUUACAACCACAGCUACCCAACUGAUGUCUGGCAAAGGUGUGGAUCAGAUCCGUCCGCACAAACUCCUCAGGUAUUUGCAUGAAAGUAAGCUCUGCCACAAGGUCGAAUCAUACACCGAAGUCCAGAAGGAUGCAGAUGAUGACGGUCAAGGCAAAGGUGUCUUGAUGCAGUUUCAGAACUUCAUGUCGGUUCUGAUGAACCCUGACGAGGAGGGCAGGUUCUUUGUUGAGCGGCACGAUGGCGACAUUAUUGUCCGUUACACACUACUUGAUCCGAGAGAACAUUUUCGAGAGAUAGUCGCAGAAGCCAGAGCCGUCAUCCUUGCUGGAGGGACCAUGUCACCAAUGUCGGACUAUUCAAAUUAUCUGUUCUCAUAUCUCGAGAAGGACAGGCUUGAAACCUUCAGCUUUGGCCAUGUCAUACCUUCCACCCACCUGUUUGCUCAAGCCGUUGUGAAAGGGCCUUCGAAUGUCGAGUUUGACUUCACUUUCGAAAAACGCGGCUCAGAGGGGACGAUUCUGGAGCUAGCCGACCUGAUAUAUCGGACAUGCAAAGUCGUCCCAGACGGAGUCGUGGUGUUUUUCCCGAGCUAUGAAUACCUUGCUCAGGUCGUAGCUGUCUGGCAAAAGCUCCCCCUCGGCCGGCCUCUGAUGAAGGCGUUAGGUGAAACCAAGGUGACUUUUCAAGAGUCCAAAGGUGUCUCUGUCGAUGAACUUCUCCGAGACUACGCAAGCGCUGUAGAUUCGGGGAAGGGAGCACUUUUGCUGUCAGUCGUUGGCGGCAAGCUUUCGGAAGGGAUCAAUUUCUCAGAUAAGCUGGGCCGCGCGGUUAUCGCAGUUGGCCUUCCAUUUCCAAAUGCCAAUGGCGCAGAGUGGAAGGCGAAGAUGCAGCAUAUUGAAGGUCUUCGAUAUCAGCAGUGCAAACGCGAGGCUAUGUUGCCACAAGGACAAUGGCAAGUUGAGGCAAAGAAGGCGAGUCGAGACUACUACGAAAAUGCCUGUAUGCGUGCUGUCAACCAGAGCAUUGGGAGAGUGAUUCGGCACAGGAACGAUUAUGCUGCAAUCCUGAUGGUUGACAGACGCUUUGCAACAGACAGAAUUAGACAGAAGCUGCCAGGCUGGAUCCAAGGCAGUAUGGAGAGAGGUGUUGACAGCUGGGGAGAUGUCGAGAGAGGCCUGAUAGAUUUUUUUCGCACGAAAUUAUGA